AGCUAUGUCAACCGUAAAGGCUUAAAUAAAUAUUCUCAAGUGAUGAAAACAUUUACUCUGUUAAACAGAAUUAAUUUUAUCUAAAUUGUUGUUUUGGCUAUUUAAUUAUUAAUCAUGGACAAUAAGCGGAAAGAGGUUGACCUUAACAUGGAAGAAUCUAAUGACGACAAUGAUUCAGGAACAACAAGUGAUAGUGAAGAAGAUUCAAUUAACUCUGAAGAUGAAGCUGCAGGUAAUAAGGAGAUUAAUAUUGACUUUGAAGCUUGUCCCAUUUUGGAACAAGAUUUGAAUGGAAUUAAAAGAUUAUUGGCACAAUUGUUUCUUAAAGAGAAUAUUAACCUUACACAAUUGACUGAAACACUGAUGAACCAGAAAGAUAUUGGAGCAAUUAUAAGGCAAAUUAACCAAGAAGAAGAUAGUGAUUCAGAGGAAAGUGAAGAAGAUGAUGUUUUCGGUAUAAUAAGUUUCAUCAAUCUAUCUGAUGCAAAUGCUAAAAGUAAAGAUUGGCAUGGACAAUUGAUGGACUAUUUUGUCAAAAAUCUUACCGGUGAUAAAAAAUCAGCAAUUGAAGGAAUUUUAAAAGGAGAAUCGACAAAAGUUUGGAUAGUUAAUGAGAGAUUUGUCAAUUUGGGUUGGCAAUUAGCUGUUCCUUCAUUUGCCCAAAUUUCCAGUGAAUUAAAAUCAACACGAGUGGAUUUUGAUUAUUAUCUUUUGAUUUGUAAAAUAUUAUAUCCCAAGAGAAGAUACAAGAAGGAGAAAAAAUCGAAACAAGAUAAAGAAGAUGUUGUCUUCCUUAAUCCAGAGGAAGAAUUAUUUGACGAAUGUGCCGAUUAUCGUUAUGAAUUUGACGUUUCCAAUCAAUGUGAUUCAGAUACAAUGGGAGGCGAUUGGGACGAAGGAGAUCAAGAAUAUUUACCUUGUCGUCGAGUGUUAAUUUUCUCAUCACAAUCAUGGAUUAAAGCGAAUGAUAAUCUAAUUAAAUUCGCCGCAAAUCCAACAAGUACAAAGUAAAGAAGCAAUUUUUCGGCUCAAUAUAAUUACUAUUA